AUGCUCCCCAAAGUGUUGACCAAUGUGCUGACCAAAGUGGUGACCAACCACCUGACCAAAGUGGUGACCAAUGCCAUGACCAAAGUGCUGACCAAUCACCUGACCAAAGUGGUGACCAAGCACCUGACCAAAGCGGUGACCAAUGCCAUGACCGGAGUGGUGACCAAUGCCAUGACCAAGGUGCUGACCAAUGCCACGACCAACGUGGUGACCAAGCACCUGACCUAA